AUGCAGGCAUUUGUUGCAAUGAGUCAAUCAACCUGGGAACAUAAAUUGGACAUUUUCAGAGGGUGGGGAUGGUCUGAUGAGGACAUUAUGUUGGUGUUCAGAAAAUGCCCCAAUUUUAUGAAUGCCUCUGAACGCAAAAUAAUGAAUGCGAUGGAUUUUCUUGUGAACAAGAUUGGUUGGCAGUCCACAGAUAUUGCCUUGUGUCCAGACAUUUUCCUUAUGAGUUUGGAAAAGAGGGUAAUCCCAAGGUGUUUGGUUAUUAAAGUUCUGCAAUCGAAGGGGUUGGUGAAGAAAAAAUAUAACCUAAGUUCAUUUGUAAAACCUUUUGAGAAGCUAUUCUUGGAUAGGUUUAUGACAAAAUACUUGGACCAGGUUCCUGAAUUGAUGAAUAUCUAUCAAAGGAAGGAAGGGUUUCAGGCUCUUGAUAUGAAUAUUUAUGUUUGUUCCAGCAAACUGUAG